GCUAUCAAUACAGGCAGCUGUACCUAUUGCAUGUUAAUCUUGCCUGAGAACAAGGUUUCCUGAGAAUCAUCUGAAUCUCCCGUCAAUCCCAUCAGUUUCCAUUGUCUCGUUUUGAGACAAAUCACGUGCAUAUAGCUUAUCGGCUUAGCCUCAUCUCCUUCCGACAACCUUCUGGAACAGGGAUCUUUAAGAGACACUUGACGAGAUCAGACUGCGCCUCCAACAAUGUGCAAAGGGUCAUGACCUCCCGAUCAUCUUCUUUCAAUGUGCCCACUCCUGGCCUGUACCGACGCGGCUCCUCUGUGAGCUCUAGAAUAUCCCAUGCCAUCUCCAAUGCUGAACAAGGCGGAGCUUCUGGGCCGACGAAUGCGGAAGUUCAGAUAGACGAAGAGAUUGAUGAAAUCAAACGUUAUGAGGUACGUUGUGUCUUACAAUGCAAAGUCAGCUAUGAGGUACAAUUUCUAAUGGCAGAUAGGAUUUUACGACUAUAGGUACGUCUGGCGCAAAACUGAUAGAUGGAGAGGUGUUGACAACGAGUAGAUUGGGUACAAGAUGCUGCGAAGGAACAAAUACAGAGGAAAGUCCGGCGGAAAGAGACUGCCGGGUUUUUCGAACGAGGUGGGCAUGCGGGAUGGCGUUACAAAUUUUGGGAAUCUUAUGAUGCGGCGCAAGCUUGGAUUGUGGUUACUUUGAUAGGUAUGCGAUUAUUGUCAUCAGUCAAUCGUUGGAUGCUAAUACUGGACAGGCGUGGCGAUUGGCAUGAAUGCGGCGUUUUUGAAUAUCAUCACGGAAUGGCUUUCGGACAUAAAAUUGGGUUACUGCGAUACGGCGUUCUAUCUCAAUGAGAAUUUCUGUUGCUGGGGGGAGGACAGCUGUGAGAACUGGCAUCGCUGGAGCUCUUUGGGCCCCAUCAACUAUGUCUUGUAUAUUAUGUUUGCUGUUAGUAUAUCUUGGAAUAUCAUCAAAAUCUUGCUAACUAUUCUAGACAAUUUUCGCUCUUACAUCUGCCAGUUUGGUCAAGCUAUUUGCACCAUACGCCGCCGGAUCUGGCAUUUCAGAGAUCAAGUGUAUUAUAGCGGGGUUCGUCAUGAAAGGGUUUCUUGGUUUUACGACAUUGGUCAUAAAGUCCGUGGCCUUGCCACUUGCGAUUGCGUCAGGGCUAUCCGUUGGAAAAGAAGGGCCAAGUGUACAUUACGCAGUGUGCACUGGAAACGUUAUUUCGAGACUUUUCGACAAGUACAAGAGAAAUGCGGCAAAGACUCGAGAGAUAUUGAGUGCUUGCGCGGCAGCAGGUGUAGCGGUGGCUUUCGGUAGCCCUAUAGGAGGGGUACUGUUCUCUCUCGAAGAGAUGUCCUCUUACUUUCCUCUCAAGACGAUGUGGAGGAGUUAUUUCUGCGCUCUAGUUGCAACAGCUGUUCUAGCCAUGAUGAACCCCUUUCGUACAGGUCAGCUGGUCAUGUUUACGGUUCGCUAUGAUAGAUCAUGGCACUUCUUCGAAGUCGCCUUCUACAUCAUUAUUGGUAUAUUUGGUGGGCUUUAUGGAGCUUUUAUGAUCAAGUGGAAUCUGAGAGCGCAAGCAUUUCGGAAGAAGUACCUCACGGAAUACGCUUUUCUCGAGGCUACUUUGCUAGCAACGGGAACCGCUAUUGUGUGCUACCCAAAUAUGUUCCUGAGAAUAGAUAUGACAGAGAGCAUGGAAAUACUGUUUCUAGAAUGUGAAGGAGGCGAGGAUUACAAUGGAAUUUGCGAUAAAGAAAAUCGAUGGAGAAUGGUAUUCUCGUUGACCAUUGCAACGGUUCUGCGCAUGUUUCUCGUCAUCAUCUCAUACGGUUGCAAAGUCCCGGCUGGUAUUUUCGUGCCUUCAAUGGCAAUUGGAGCUACAUUUGGAAGGACCGUCGGCAUUUUGGUCCAGGCACUUCAUGAAGCAUAUCCGACAUCUGUAUUUUUCUCGGCGUGUGCGCCAGAUGUCCCUUGUAUUACACCAGGAACGUACGCUUUCUUAGGGGCAGCUGCAGCCUUGAGCGGCAUCAUGCAUAUCACAGUUUCUGUGGUUGUCAUUAUGUUUGAACUUACAGGAGCUCUUACCUACAUUUUGCCAACAAUGAUUGUGGUUGGUGUCACCAAAGCUGUCAGCGAGCUCUUCGGAAAAGGAGGAAUCGCAGAUCGCAUGAUCUGGUUCAAUGGGUUUCCUUUCUUGGACAAUAAAGAGGAACAUACCUUUGGAGUUCCGGUUUCUCAAGUCAUGACCAGCGAGGUUACGGCACUACCAACGACGGGCCUGACGAUGAAGCACAUUGAGAUAUUACUGAAAGGAAACAAAUAUCAGGGCUUCCCAAUAGUCGAAAGCCGGACAUCAAAAGUGCUUGUUGGAUAUAUUGGGCAUACCGAAUUGCGAUACGCUAUCGAUCGAGUCAAGAAAGAUCGUGCUAUCAACCCCAGCGCGAAAUGCUUUUUUAGUACUCCAUCAUCUCUCAACCCAACAACUCAAUCACAUGCAGGUUCUACUAGCUUCGAAGGCGUAUCAUCCUCUGCGGUGGACUUCAGUCGCUUUAUUGAUUCCACGCCUGUGACGGUUCAUCCACGUUUGCCACUUGAAACGGUCAUGGAAGUGUUUCGCAAGAUUGGUCCCAGGGUCAUCCUUAUUGAAUACCGUGGAAAGCUCAGUGGUCUUGUGACAGUGAAGGAUUGUUUAAAAUACCAAUUCAAGGCUGAGGCCAGCGAGAACCCCAGAGAUGAUAGACACAUUGUCGAGAGCCAGGAACGGCUUUGGGUUUUGUUGAAGAGAAGUGCCAUCUGGGUUAGCGACAGAGUGAACCGUGCCUCUAAAGGCAAAAUAAGAAUCGGGCGAAACCAGGAAGAAGCUUUGAGAAGCCCACCAAGGGGCCGUACCGAUCCUACAACUUACAUGAUGGAGGGUACAGAGGAUGACGACGACGACGGGGUUGAACUUGCGGAUCGGUAGGAUGGGUAUCGUUGUAUAGAAGAUAGACCGAUACUGAUAUAGAUUUUUUGUCGUUCACUUGAGCUCGAGUGAUUGCCUACCAAACAUGAGGAAGCUGGUAUGAAACGCUCAGCCUCGAUGUUUCAAAGCGCCAGAUGAAGUGACCGGCAUGGCGUGGGAUUUUUCCUUUGAAUAUUCCUUCGUAUGGACUCAAUUUUAUGGUAGCUAACAUUUUCGCCACAUAUGGCACAAAAUGUAGGCACUUAGCUGUGUUCACAUUACAAAAUAAC